CUUUCUUCCGGCUUGUGUUUCACUACGGACGUAUUUUCCUGGCGGCACCAGAGUCAUGGAUCCGCAGCGGGUGCUGCAGUAUCUCGCGGAGGUCGAGGAGGCAGCUGAGGAUGUUCUUGCUUCCAAGCAACAGAUCGUGGAUCUUGACACCAAACGGAAUCGUAAUAGAGAGGCUCUGAGUGCACUGAGGAACGAGUUGUCCGAUGCAGAAAACGUCAAAGUGUGUUUGGGAAACAUGUUCAUCAAAUUCCCCAAAUCGAAAACCAAAGAGUUUAUAGAGAAAGACCAGGAACAGCUGGACAAAGAGAUUCAUGAACUUCGUAAAGGACUGAAAGUGAAAGUCAAUCGCCUAAACGAGAUCCAAGGGAAGCCCGAGCUGCGGGGCUACAAUCUGUCACCUCUGUCCUCGGAAGAACUCAGCGCUGUCAACAGUCUUCUCAACAGAUAAAACACAGACCACGUCUGACGGGCAGUUGUUCUCUCAGUCUGGACACUGAAUGAGUAGUGGAGACGUCGUGGUCGUCUGAUCCGUAAAAGUUAGCGGUUGAGUGACAAGAGAGCGGCAGUCUGGGAUCCAGAUGUGGCUCUUUGUCCUCACGCCUGUGCAGUGACUGCUGCCUGGUCCAGUCACUUGACCCAGCGUCUCUGGGUUCUUCAUCAGGCCCUUGAUUUUCAACCCUCACCUGUGUGCGCUCUCUUGGUCCCAGUAAAAAUCCCAUGUCUGUUUGCAGAACAUUGAUUUUCUUGAUCUCUGUCUCAGAACAAUAGUUCAUCUGACUCUUUGCUGCACUGUGAACGGAAGCAGACACAAGACAUCCCACCAUCUGAGCAGAAGUGACAACUAACAACUUCAUUAUUUUACACAAACGGCUAUUUAAAUAUCUGUACAGUGAAAUAUCUAGUGGGCAAACGAAAAGACAAGAAACUCCAAACCCUAAACUCAACAUAAAUGCCAUUCCUAUGCUACUAUAACACAUGGAGAAAAUAGGAACAAAUGUAAUGAGAGCAUCAAGCUUGAACUAUGUCUGACUAUAUCUGGUUUUGUUUCAUUUAAAGAUUCUCAACUGAAGAUGUAAACGUCUUUGUUUCUAUUGGGAAGCGUUGGAUGGUUGACACUUGGAAACAAGAUACAAAAGAUCUUUAUUACUAGGCUGUUUUUCCACAAUGUUUUUAAGGGACGAAAUAAUGUGAAAUUGCAUUUUUGUAACAAAGAAAACUGGCACAUAGAGAGGUAAGGAAGACCUAAAACCUUUUUUAAUAUAAUUCAUAUCAUAAUAAAUAGGGAAAAAGCACAGUUUAUUUCAGGCUUUGCUCCGACUUUGUGAGGGUGAAUUGCAGGGUUGCAUUUGGCUCAGGUCUUUCAAAUACAAGAGUGGCUUAGACAUAAUUUCCCUUGGGAUUAAUAACGUUUUCUGAUUCUGAAACCAGCGUUUCUGAACAUUUAUGAUCUGUGGGCCUCGCCUUUCCCAGAACAAGUAACAGAACUGAGUCAUGACUCUGGAUUUCAUUUGUGAUCAAUAACCAUAUUUAAUCUACUUAUAAAACCGUGUGAAAUUACGUAAAACCAUGGGAUCAUCACAAAGAUACUGAUUUGUCAUGGAAAAGUCCAACCAGCAGCAGAAGCAGGUGCAGGUCAUGUUCAGCACACUUACCAAAGUUUGUUGUGAAAAUUGGAAAAACUGAAUACAAUUCUGACUAAAAUGAAUAUAAUAAAACCAUGUCUAAAUAUCAGAAAAUAAAAAUAGGAUAUUUUAUUUUAGCUCUAUCGAAGAUGUAGUAAGCGCAAUUCACUACAGGCACCAUGCGUGACUCAUGUAUUAAAACUGGCGACCCUCGAGAUUUGGCCCCGGCCCUGUGCUUAAGAAUCACUGGUUUCAUGCAUAGCUUUACGGUGUUUCCAUUGUUUUGUCCAACCCCUGGACAUUAAUGUCAAUACCCAAGCUGCCAAGCGAUGUGUACUAAACGGCCACAAGGUGGAGCUAUAGCCGAAGCAAAUGCGGCGUGUACUCCCGUCUGCGCACACGCGUUGGUAGCUCUGUCCUUGUGAGGACCGCUCAUGGCCAUCUCCCUUUCCCCAGCCUCUCCUCCCAAACCUAACCGUCCAAAACACAUGGCUGACCUGAACCAUGUGCGGAUCAUGAUAUGAUCGUGUUCAUCAAGUUAUCUGCUGUUGAAUAAAGUGUUGUAUCAUGCUUGGUCUCGAGAAAGAUUGACUCCAACAGACACUGAGAUCAUGGGUGAGGUCACCUCAGUUCGAUCCAGCAUAAGACGCGUGUGUGUGAUAAGAUAGUGCGGGAAAGAUGCCUGGAUGGAAGAGCGAGUCAUGAAAGGCAGGAACCACCAGGUACAUCCAACCCAGAACCGGUCCUGAGUUGAGCCUGAGUUUGUGGGGACAAACAUCUGCCUUCCCCCAAGUGAAGGAACCUCUGGGACAGCGAUGGGUGAGGAGGAGGAGGGAUGAUGGAGCCAGGCAGAGAUGGGACCAGCCAGUCAGAGGAGAGGACCGGAUCAUCUGCUCACAGCUUCUCGCCCUAAAGAAGCCCAGGAAACGGGAUCAGGAAUGUGGCACCAUGGCAACCGGGACCCCAUGAGACCAGGACCAGUCCGUGGAGACUGCACCUCAAGAUGAAGUGCAGUGUGUGACAAAAGGGUCAGAGCCAGAGAUGGUCUUGGUCUCAGUCUCCACCACUGGAGCCGAGGCUGAGUCAGGCUCAGGGUCGUAAGACUCCUCUGUCGAGGAAGACCUUCUUCUCAAGUUGUGGGUUUUUGGUCGUCACUCUCACGAGUGAAGGAACACGCGGAAGAUACAUGAAAGGUGUAUGUUCCUACCACCGGGACCAGGACAG